CGGUGACUCUGCAAACCGACGGUAGUGGUCGCUUAGUAAGCUCGAGUUUCCUUUCCGGGGGACCUUGCUUCAUAGCGUCGCCACAGCGGCUGGUCGCCCGCACCCCUCCAUGCACGACUUGCACACGUUCUCUCGCUUCUAACGACCACCGGCUCCUUGUUUAUCUCAUAUUGUAUAAUGACCCAGUCCGUAUCCGACUCUACGCUCUCGCCGACGCCCUUCAGUCCUUUCUCGUCGUACUCGGAGGUCAGCGGGGUCACGUCCGACGAUGCACCGGAUCUCGGCGCCUUCACAACCGUCUUCCGUGCGCUCAACAACCUGCAGCAACGGACCGCACCUGCACUACUCAACGAUGUCAACACUGGAACACCUAUAUCUCCUCUCGCUUUCUCGCCCACAGCAGACGGCUCGGAAGCCCCAUUGCACUCCGCCCCAUGGUCUCACCACCCAGUCAACGAUUACCUAUCUUACUCUUCCCCGGACAGCCCUCGCCGCGGACGCUCGCCCUUGCGGUCUGACUCCGAGUCCACGGCAUCUGACGUCGACCGGUCGGAUCUGCUCCGGGUAGAAGCUGAAGUAGCGGAACUCAUCGAUCAGCCAUCCCUAGGAGACCUAGACGAGGCGCUCGGUUUCCUCGCUGCUGAACGCGCGCGCUUGCUUGCGCAGCGCAAGAAGGGGUUGAGAACCACUGGGAAUACCAGUUCGACUACCACGACGUCUGACAGCAUAUACCGUCACGUCAUCCAGCCGCGUCGCAAGCGGCGCCGCAAGAGAAAUCGGUCCGAGGGUGCCUCGCGGGUCCGCGCAUCCGAGCAUGAUCAGGACCACUUGACAGAGACGUCGACUACAGCAGGAGUUGACGAUGUUGGUGACGACGGCGGCGACGAGGCGUAUGCGUCCUCUUCGUCUGUCGAGAUUGCAUCUUCUCCCUCAGCUGCCAUACGGACUGCGACUGCAUCAGCGCGAGUCAAGACGGUACGGAGACAGCCCACAUUAACACAAGUCGCCCGCGAGAAGCCGCGACUGCUCCACAGCAAGUCUACACCCAAUCUUAUACCCCCUGUAUCGUUACCCCUAGACGCGCGCGUCCUACAUCUACGGAACCUGGCGCACAAGCUCAGGUUAUUCUUCCCUAAGGACGCGGUUGCGUUGCAUGAUGUGCUCGACCCGGAGACAGCAUUCAGUGCCACUGGAGAGUCUGGCUUCGUCGACACGCGAGGCCCCGAGCCUGGCUCACAAGACACCCUCAUCCACGUCUUCAUUGAUCACUCUAAUAUCCUUAUUGGAUUCCUGUCGUACCUGCGGCGGCACCUGCACCACUACGCACGCAGUCGCGGCAGAUACCUCUCACAUGCUGCGCUCGCGCUCAUCCUUGAGCGCGGGCGACCAAUAACUCGGCGCGUGCUCGUGGCGUCGUCACCGCUCUACCAGCCGGUUGACAGUGCGGGGCUGCUGGGCUACGAGGUCCGCGUAUACGCGCGUGUCCCAGAUACGGGCGACGGUGCUGAUCGCCAGCGCCACGCCCUCAACCACAAUCAGAGCGAGGCGCAGAGUCCGGGCCGCGGCCGCGGACGCCGUGCAGGCGCGUCGCACGCGCGGAGUCACUCGCACAAGAGUUCCAUUGGCGGCGGCGGUACGUCUACCGAGUCGGAGACGAACGGAAACGGAAACGGGAAUGGGAAUGGAGCAGGAGCGUCGGCGCGUGUGCGGUAUCGCGAACAGGGUGUUGAUGAGCUGCUACAGCUGAAGCUGCACCAGGCUAUCGCCGACAUCGACGAAGUCCCGACCGGCGCGACCAUCGUGCUUGCGACCGGAGACGGGAAUGUCGGGCAGUUCAACGAGGAGGGCUUCCUCGGGUGCGUGCGGACUGCGUUGAAGAAGGGGUGGCGGGUGGAGUUGUAUGCUUGGGAGGGUGGGCUGAGCAACGCGUGGUUGCGUGAGUUUGGAGACGGCGCGUACAGCAGCAGGUUCGAGGUGCAUACCUUGGACCGGUUUGCGGCGGACUUGCUGGAGGUGUAGGAUAAGUUAAGCUUAUUGACGGAAACAUGCUAGCCCUGCUAUGUGUUUCCCAUGCUGUUGUAUGGUGUACUUAACUGUAAGUAUGCUGUAGCGUACAUGUUCGUCGCGGACGUCGUGUAAGUAUGGAGGUUAUCGUGAAACGCAACGGCUGUGGCGGUGCUACGAAAUUGCACAGUCCUCCGGAAAGGAUCUCACAGCUCGAUUGUCUUGACUUGACUCAUCGUGCAUUAGCAGUGAACGAGCCGUGAUCA